AUGAAGCCCGAUUGGGACAAGCUGAUGAAAGAGUUCGAAGGCUCUUCCUCCGUUCUGGUGGCCGAUGUGGAUUGCACGGCCGGGGGCCAGGGCAAGUGUCAAGAGGUGGGUGUGAGAGGAUACCCCACCAUCAAAUAUGGCGAUCCUAAUGAUCUGCAGGACUACAAUGGAGGUCGUUCCUUCGCAGAACUGCAGAAGUUCGCGCAGAGCUUGGGGCCCACAUGUGGCCCGGCCAACCUCGAUCUCUGUGACAACAAGAAGAAGAAAUUGAUUGACGAGUAUAUGGCUCUUGACUCAACGAAACGUGAGAGCAUGAUCAAAGAGAAGGAAGCAGAGAUUGAGAAGCUCGAGGCCGACUUCAAGACUUUUGUGGAGGGUCUGCAGAAGAAGUAUCAGGAAAGCAGCGACAAGAAAGACAAGGAUGUGGAAGCGGUGAAGAACUCCGGUUUGGGCCUUCUGAAGGCAGUGAAUGCCUUCCAGAAGAAAGCCAAGGGAGAGCUUUAA